CUGCCAGUACACACUUUUUUUUUUUUUUAUUUGGCUCUUUCGAAUCUAAAUUCUUUCAAAAUUCGCCAAUACGUCAGAAUCGCUUGUCGGAGGGCAACCAUUCGCGUUGUCCCCCACAAGCACACUCCUUUUUUAGUCACAAGCUAUCGUCCCUACGGAGACAAUAAGUGUCCUAAGGAUGGAUCCGGGGCUGCAAAGUUCAAGAUGGAUCGCGGGCCCUUUUUCUCUCAGUUGGACUACCGGUCCCGAAUACAGUUUAAUACACCCGCCCUGAGUAAAAACCUGACUGGGAUCAUCUGCACCAUUGGUCCCUCUUCCGAAAAGCCGGAAGUUUUGCUAAAGCUCAUCCAGGCGGGAAUGCGAGUGGUGCGGUUGAAUUUUUCGCAUGGCUCCCACGAGCUCCACUGCAGAGUCAUUCAGGCGGCGCGCAAGGCAAUGGAGAUGUAUGUGCAGGAGACGGGCAUUCCAACGACGGUGGCCAUAGCACUCGAUACCAGCGGUCCAGAGAUCCGGACGGGUCAGCUAGCUGACGGCAGUCCCACCUCAGUGGUCCUCCUGAAAAGGGGUGAUAAGGUCACUCUCACAACGAACAAAUCUGUGGAGAAUCAAUGUACAAAGGAGAAGAUCUAUGUGGACUACAAAAGCCUUCCCAGCGUUGUCAAGCCUGGGAGACGCAUCUUUGUUGAUGAUGGCUUGAUUGGACUGCGAGUUGAGAGUGCAACUAACGACGAGGUCGCCUGCACCGUGCUGAACGACGCCAAUCUAGGCUCCCACAAAGGCGUCAAUCUUCCGGGAACUGAAGUGCCAGACUUGCCAGCUGUUACAGAGAGGGACAAAAAGGACCUUAAGUUCGGUGUUGAGCAAAAGGUGGACAUGAUCUUUGCGUCGUUUAUCCGCGAUGCCAAUGCCGUGUCCGAGAUUCGUCAGACUCUGGGACCGAAAGGUGAAGGCAUAAAGAUCAUAUCCAAGAUCGAAAGCCAGGAGGGAGUGAACAACAUAGACGAAAUCAUCAAGGCAUCCGAUGGCAUUAUGGUGGCCCGAGGCGACAUGGGAAUCGAACUGUACACAGAGGACGUGCCUCUGGCCCAGAAAUGUAUAAUCGCCAAGUGCAAUAUGGCCGGUAAGCCGGUGAUUUGUGCCACCCAGAUGCUGGAAUCCAUGUUAUCGAAUCCGCGUCCCACCCGGGCGGAGGCAUCGGACGUCGCCAACGCAAUUUUCGACGGCGCCGAUACGGUAAUGUUGUCUGGCGAGACGGCAAAAGGAAAGUACCCGGUGGAAGCCGUCGAAUGUAUGGCCAGGAUCUGCGCCAAAACAGAGGCGGUUCUGUGGUACGAGAAGAUGCAGGACAACCUCAAACAUGUGAUCCGGGACACCGCCGCGGAUCAGAUUUCGGCAGUUACCACGGCGAUUGUGGAGGCUGCCAUGGUGAGCCAGGCAAAGAUCAUUGUUGUAGCUUGCCCGUGCGGCAUGGUGGGGCAGAUGAUCAGCCAGAUGCGACCGAUGUGCCCCAUUGUAGCUCUUACGGGCUCUCACAUAGAAGGCGCCCAGUCGAUGGUUUAUCGAGGCAUUUAUCCUUUGCUGAUCGAAGAAAUGGCUUUAGGUUGCCUGGAUUUUCGACGCGUUGUCCGCACGGGUCUUAAGAUAGUGGCCAGAAUGCACAUUCUGGAGCCAGGACAGAAAGCGUGCGCUGUGCUGGUGAACGCCAUGUCAGCGAAUAACAUCAGUUUCCGGCUAUUCACGAUAAAACAGCCCUCCGAAAAGGAGAUGCAGCAAAGAGACCGUUGCCGAAAGUUGGCCCUUGCGAAAAAAUGCAAAAGAAAACCGCCGUGUAAAGUUUUCAAGGAGAAGGAUAAUAAUACCAAGAACAAAUGCAAAUCAGAAGCGGAUAAUUGCAAAAAGCUUUUAGAGGAGCAGAAAGAAAAUUCUCAAGAUAAAAGGUGUAAGGCUUUGGAGCAACUUGAAAAAUGCAAGCAGUUAUCUCAAAAGGAUAAGUGCCAACCGGAAGUCAAAUUUGAUUGCUGUCAAGAACAACAAGAGGAUAAAUGUGUAUCGGCUCAAGCGUUGGAGGAAAAAAAGAAGCAGCGCGAGAUGGAGAUAAAGCUAAUUCAAGAGGCUAUUGCACAAUUAGAGGCUUCCGAAAAAGCCAAGCAAUGUGAGCAGGCAAAAAAGGAUCAACAAGACCUAGAAAAUUGCAAAAAACUGGCUGAGAAAGACAAAAAAGAGGAAGAGGAUAUAAAAUGUAAGCAAAAGCAAAAGGAAAGGAAAAGAGCCAAAAUGGCUAAGAAAUGGAAGAGGCUUUCAGCCAAAAGACAAAAGAAGAGACAAGCUGAGCUUUGCAAGCAGAUGGCGGAUGAGUUGAAAAGAAAGGAGGCUGAAGCUACCGACAAGAUCAUGAAAGCCGUUUGCAAGAAAUUGGCCGAAAUGCAAAAGAAUCCGAACAAAGACAAUCCAAACAAAAAAUAGAUAUGGCUAAUAGC